AUGGCUGUCCUGUGGCUGCUGCUGGCAGGGCUGCCCUCCUUCUUAGUGGGAGUCUUUGCAUGGGUUCUUAUUCAGCACUUUCUCACUACAGAAAUUCCCUCCACCCUCAAGCACCCGGUGAAGUUAUGGUUUAUCCACGGCAUGUUGCUGUAUGUGGUAACUCUGGGGAACAUACUUGAGAAACUGAGGAUUUGCGCCAUGCCCCGGUUUUUACAGUUUCUUGAAGGCCUAAUGCCGAUAAAUAAGGAUCCCAACGUGUUGGUGACUGACUUGCAUUUUGGGACAAUCCCUGUGAGGCUGCUGAAGCCCAAGAAAGCGUCUUCCCAACCCCGGCGAGGCAUCAUCUUCUAUCAUGGAGGAGGUGCAAUGAUUGGAAGCCUGGACCGUUACCAAAGCCUGUGCAGCCUCUUGGCCAGUGAGACAGACUCGGUGGUGCUGAUGGUGGGGUACCGAAAGCUUCCUGGCUACCAUCACCCUGUCCUUAUCAAUGAUUGCCAGAAUGCUUCCAUCUAUUUCCUGAAGAACCUGGCAUCCUUUGGGGUGGACCCAUCCAGGGUAGUUCUCUGUGGAGAGAGUAUUGGAGGUUGGGCUGUAGCCAUUGUCACUCAGGCCUUAACCUGCAUUCCCAGUCUACCCCAGAUCAAGGCUCAAAUCCUGAUUUGUCCACUAGUGAAUUUCAUCAAUUUUCAGUUACCAUCACAUCAACAGAACAAAAAUGUGCCAUUACUUACCAGAGACUUCAUGUUUAUGUGUAUGUGUAAAUACCUGGUCAUUGACCCCUCUUGGAAAGAUGCCAUUUUGACAGGUUCUGCCAUACCUCUGGACAAGUGGAAGAAAUACAGGAAAUGGCUCAGCUAUGACAACAUUCCCAGAGGACCUGGGAGCCAAGAUCCACAACCUGAGAUUCUUGGGCCUUUUAAUGAGGCAGCCUAUCUAGAAACCAAACAUACUUGGAAUGCAGAACUUUCACCU